AGCUCGGUGCGGGCAGCUCCCGCUAUGGCUGCGCUGCGGAGGCUCCUGUGGCCGCCGCCCCGGCUCCCGCCUGCUCCCUCGCCUCACCAGCCCUUCCCUGCGCCAUGGGGGCGGCCUGCGGGGGUAGCCCCAGGCCCUCCCGGCCGGCCCUUCUCCUGCCGGGAGGAGGAGGAGGGGGCUGUGUCUGAGGCGGCAUGGAGACGGCGGCGGCGCUGGGGGGAACUGAGCAUCGCGGCCGCGGCUGGUGGGGGUCUGGUGGGCCUCGUGUGCUACCAGCUGUAUGGGGACCCCAGGGCCGAGUCCGCGCGGGCGCCGGGCCCCUGGCUCCCCUCAGAGAGCGCGGCCACAGAGCCCCAGGACCUGUCUCGCGGCCGGGGGCUGCUUUCCAUCCCUGUCGCGGCUGCCAAGGAGACGGUUGCUGUUGGCAGAACAGACAUUGAAGACUUAGACCUCUAUGCAACAUCUCGUGAAAGGCGAUUUCGUUUGUUUGCUUCUAUAGAAUGUGAAGGGCAGUUAUUCAUGACUCCAUAUGAUUUUAUUUUGGCUGUUACAACAGAUGAGCCCAAAUUUGCUAAAACAUGGAAGUCACUUUCCAAGCAGGAAUUAAAUCAAAUGCUGUCAGAAACACCUCCAGUUUGGAAAGGAUCAUCAAAGCUAUUUCGAAAUCUUAAAGAAAAAGGUGUGAUUUCCUACACAGAAUAUCUUUUCCUUUUAUGUAUUUUAACAAAGCCACAUGCAGGUUUUAGAAUAGCUUUCAACAUGUUUGACACCGAUGGCAAUGAGAUGGUGGAUAAAAAGGAGUUUUUGGUGCUUCAAGAGAUAUUCAGAAAAAAAAAUGAAAAGAGAGAAACUAAAGGAGAUGAAGAAAAGCGUGCAAUGCUGCGUCUUCAACUUUAUGGAUACCAUUCUCCUACUAAUAGUGUACUUAAAACAGAUGCUGAGGAACUUGUUUCCAGAAGCUAUUGGGAUACACUGAGACGUAACACAAGCCAAGCACUCUUUUCAGACCUCGCAGAGCGUGCUGAUGACAUUACAAGCUUAGUAACAGAUACUACACUUCUUGUACACUUUUUUGGAAAGAAAGGAAAAGCUGAGCUCAACUUUGAAGAUUUUUAUAGAUUCAUGGACAACCUCCAAACAGAAGUUCUAGAAAUAGAAUUCCUGUCCUACUCUAAUGGGAUGAACACUAUCAGUGAAGAAGAUUUUGCUCAUAUUCUUUUACGAUAUACAAAUGUGGAAAACACAUCAGUAUUUUUGGAAAAUGUGCGUUACAGCAUACCUGAAGAAAAGGGCAUUACAUUUGAUGAAUUCAGGUCAUUUUUCCAGUUUUUGAACAACCUAGAAGACUUUGCAAUAGCCUUGAACAUGUAUAAUUUUGCAAGCCGUUCAAUAGGACAAGAUGAAUUUAAGCGUGCCGUCUAUGUAGCCACAGGCCUCAAACUUUCACCACAUUUAGUGAACACAGUCUUCAAGAUUUUUGACGUUGACAAAGAUGAUCAAUUAAGCUACAAAGAAUUUAUUGGAAUUAUGAAAGACAGACUCCAUAGAGGAUUCCGGGGUUAUAAAACAGUUCAGAAGUAUCCCACUUUCAAAUCGUGUCUGAAGAAGGAACUUCAUAGUAGAUAAGUACCUCUAAAGCCAAGUUUAAAGGAUUUUUAUCUACUUGAAAAUGCAAGAAGCAAAAAUUUCAGAGGGCGAAAGCAGGUCUCAGACCAGAACUUAUAGAAAUGAAGGAAAAGGUGAAACACUAAUUAUAAUUUUCCUUAAACUGAAUUAUUGACCAUAAGACAGAUAAGAUACAUCUUCUUACUAACUACAAAUGUGUUACAUGUUAUCAUGUUGAGCUUUUGCCUUGAUUUACUGAACUCUCUGCACUUACUCAUUCCCUUCAGAAGUAUAUAGAUUCUUCAGGUGACUAUUUAAGAGUGUGUUUUAAAUGUUUUUUUUUUAACUUAUUAGUAAUUUGUCUCAUUUCAAAAUAUUGUAUGACUCCUCAAAUCUAGAUCACUUACAAAUGAACAGCAGCAUAUUUCCUUUGGUUUGAGGCUGUGAACUUAUUUUCAGAAAACAAAUAUUCCUUGAGAUUUAUUUUAGGGCCCUUAAAUUGUUAAUAAAUCUCCAUUAUUUACCAGGUUUUUAAUUACAUUGAAAUAAUUUUGAAACACAAAUAGAAAUUAAGCUACUAUGCAGUAUGAUGGUUUACAUUGUACUUUUGACUUUUAAAAGUACUUAACAGAUUGUUUGAAUCAUCUAGAGUUUCUUUUUUUAGUUUUUAUUCAUUUACCAGAGUCAACAGCAUGUCUGGUAUUCUUUUAUGUAUACAGUAAAGAAAUUUCAAAUGUAGAUUUUUUUUUUAUCAAAAAAAGUCAUGCAUUGAUGGUAGAAAUCAUGGUAGUUUUUGUAGCAGUAGUCACUGUUAUUAUCAUUAUUGUUUUAAACCUGAUGCAGCUCCUGAUGGCAGAUGGUGUGUGUUAAUAACACUAGUAAAAAUACUAUCUUAAAACUCUAUAACUUAUUGCAUUUGUGAAUAUAUGUCUGUAACAUCAAAAUGAGUACUAUAAAAGAUUAAUAUAAAAUGAUUUAGAAGACCGAUGUAUAUAUUAGGUAGAAGUUAAUAUUUUGUGUCUUGCAAAAGGACCACAUUUAAAAGUGAUGUCAAACAGCCAGUUGUAUUGAAUAAUUUAAAUAUAACUCAUUAUAUCAAAAUAAUAUGUCUUAAAAGAGAAAAAAACUUUGUUGAAAAACAAAAAAAUUAGAUUUUCACAUGGAGAAAAUAACGAUAGUAUUUAAUUGAAAUCUGUUCAAUUUUAAAAGUCUAGUUUAUAAAAUGAUAUUAUACAAAAAUAGAACAAUGAAUUUAAAUUAAUAUAUCUAUGAACUAUACAUGAAAGAUAAGUUCAUUUACCUUCUUUUCUGAGAUGUAUUAAACAUAAGUUGCACACACUCCAACUAUUACUAUGUUUUUGCAUAUGAAGAAAGGAAAUACUGACUUUUUUUUUAAGUUAUUAAAUGUGAAAUUGAUAGUUCUGUAUCAUCUUAUUUAUAAAUGUUAUGUUAUUUCCAUGAAAAUGUUAUUAGCAUUGACAAUGCAUUUGUUAGACUUUUUACUUCUUUACCUGAUAUUAUUUAUUACAUUGAUAUAGAAAUAUAUGAUUCAUAAGUUUUAGGAUUUCAUAUAGUAUAAUUUAAUUUCACCUGCUUUGAAGGUUGAUCCAGUUGAUUGUUAAAUGAAAAAUACUUCCCCUCUCAUUUAACAUACCACAGCUCUAUUUUACCUUUCACUGAAUGUUCUCAGUAUUUUUUGCUAUCUAAAAUAAUUGAAAAAUUGAAGCUUACUUUUACCUUUGACAAUAAACUAAAUUAUCUUGCUUACAUGGAAAAAUGCUGUCCUAUAAAUAUAGAUGAAAAAAUUAAUUAGCUCAUCAAGAUUCUUUAUAAUUCUGCCAUUCUCCCAAGGAAUACUACAUAUGCAAUCUUUAUUUUUUAUUCUUUGUUGCUUAUCAGAGUGCAUGGAUCCUCAUCUGUUUAUAAGACUGCAGCAUAAUAUUAAAAUGCAAAUAAAUAUUCUGAUCAAUUAAAAUGGAAAAGAGUAGUAAAUUAAGGUGAUCCUCCAUAUGUUAUCACUCUUGAAUUUUAUCAUCUGUGAAAAUGGGAGGUUAAAAAUAUCUCACUGGAUUAUUGUUUAAAUCAAUUUUAAAAAUUUUUUAAUCUUUGAAAAUAGUAAUGUACUAAAUAUAUGUUUACUAUUCUUAGUAUUUCCUUCACAAACUAUUCUUUGGAAAGAUGAAGCUAAACAUGAAAUUUUAGUAUCAUAUUCUUUACGGAAGACUGUAUGAUUAAAGGUUUAUGGUAAUUUCAGAAUCAUUUCAUAUUAAGAAUUUCAUUCAACUUAAGUUCCACUUCGUUGUUCUCAUUAUAAAAUAUAAUUGUAAAGUGACUUGUUUUAUAUUCUUAUGUUAUCUACAAAUAAAUAUACCUGCUCUU